GCCGAUCAGUUUGACACUGUCAACCGUCGGCGAAACAACAACUAACCCUGAAAAAGUGACUCAAGUGAGACCGAAAUUUUUGGAAAAUUGUGUGUAAUUUUGUGUGUGAUUCUUACGUAAUUAAGCUCAGGAUUAAAAUGCUAGCAGCGUUCUCGUGCAGCCGAGAAGUGGUCGUUGGAUGCGUUGCAGAAGUGAAAUAAGGUGAAUUUCGAUAUUAAACUAUUUGAAAAGUGAGGAAAAGACAUUUUUAAAGUGACAUAAACUGUUAACGGAACUCUUUAGUGAGCAAAAACUGUGAAAACUUGGCUUAAGCCCGUUCAAACACUCAGAUUUUCGUUGAAUUUUGUAACCCGCGGAACCGAACCUCAACAACAGCCCCGGUUGGUGACUAUGAAAGAUCUGCAGGAACUCCAGGCUCUCCAUCUGAAAUCAACUCGCAACCUGGUAAAGCUCGGCGCUUGUGGCGGUGCUCCUGCGAAUCGCUCGAAAUGGAACGUCCCCGUGUCUGAGUUUGCCCAGCUGACGCACAACCCGAUCCGUGCCAUCGUCGAGGGGCUGAAAAUCGUCCCCAACCCGGAGAAGCCGCUGAUUGCGCUGUCGAUUGGUGACCCAACAACGUUCGGCAACCUCAAGCCCGCCCCGCAGGUCAUCGAAGCGAUCCGCAAGGUGGUCAAGGAGGGCUCCAAGAACGGAUACGGCCCGAGCAACGGAUUUCCGGAGGCACGCCAGGCGGUAGCCGAGUACGUCGCGCACCAGGGCCCAGUUUCGGCCAACGAUGUCAUCCUGUGCAGCGGCUGCAGCUGUGCGCUAGACCUGUGCAUUUCGGUGCUGGCCGGUCCCGGCCAGAACAUUCUGAUCCCCAAGCCGGGCUUCUCGAUCUACAAGACGCUCGCGGAGGGCUUCGGCGUCGAGUGCCGCUACUAUGAUCUGAUCCCGGAACGCAACUGGGAGGUGGACCUGGACCAGCUGGAAUCGCUGAUCGAUGCCAACACGGCCACGAUCGUGGUGACGAAUCCGAGCAACCCGUGCGGUUCCGUCUUCAGCCGGGAACAUUUGGAGGCGAUUCUGGACAUUGCCGAGCGGCACUUUGUUCCGAUCAUCGCGGACGAAAUCUACGAGCACUUUGUCUUCCCCGGCCAGGAGUUCCACUCGGUGAGCUCGCUGUCGCGCAAGGUUCCGGUGCUGUCCUGCGGUGGGCUGACCAAGCGCUUCCUGGUGCCGGGAUGGCGCAUGGGAUGGAUCGUCAUCCACGAUCGGGAUAACGUGCUGCAGGGAGUUCGCAAGGGGUUGGCCAACCUGUCGUCCAGAAUCCUGGGCGCCAACACGCUGGUCCAGGGCGCCCUGCCGGAAAUACUGAGAAACACUCCGCAGAGCUUCUACGACGAUCUGGUUGCAACGCUGCACCGCCACGCCGAGCUGGCCUUCAAAUCGGUCAAGCACAUCCGCGGGCUGCGUCCGGUCAUGCCCGGCGGGGCCAUGUACAUGAUGAUCGGCAUCGACAUCGGCCGCUUCCCGGAGUACGAGACGGACCUCGAGUUUGUGCAGGCGCUCGUGGCCGAGCAGAGCGUGUUCUGUCUGCCGGGGGCCUGCUUCGAGUAUCCGAACUACAUGCGCAUCGUGCUGACCGUGCCGGAGGACAUGGUGGCCGAGGCGUGCCGGCGUUUGGCCGAGUUCUGCGAGAAGCACUACAAGGUGGACCAGGGCGAGCUGGAGGAGCGCCAGAACGGGCUGCUGGCCGAGAUGGACCAGAUGGACUGAGGUUCUUGAGUGUGUGUUUUUUUCUCUCAUUUUUUGACGCAACACUUUUAUCUUCGCUCUCUCUCUCAGGCAAAUUUUACAUUUUUUAUACUGUUCAUUUAUCAUAACUUUAUCUGAAAUAUAUAUUUUUUGAAAAAAUAAAUAUACCAAUAUACACCACUACAAA